UACCCCUCCUUGAUCUGUUCUUAAAUCACCUGGUUUCAGCUGGCAGCUGCUUAACAUUUUGGGUACUUUUAAACUCUUCCUCUCAUUGACCUUUCUCUCUAACUUUUCUUCAUUCUUGAUAAUAUAAAAAUCCAUGCAGAUCGGUGCAACUCUUCCGGCACAGAAUCUCCACCUUCUUCAGGCAAGAAUUGGCAGUUUUAGAUGCCAAAGAUCUCCAUUGAAUCCACUAACAAAAUCAACAGCUUCUUGUUCUUCUGUCGCCACUCAUCAUCAAUCUUUGAAGUCUGUUACUUCAACUGAAUCAACCAAGAAACACCUUUCCAAUCUUGAAAAGCUUCUUCAGAAACAACCCCCGGAGAUUACACGCCAACCUGACCCACCUCAACAAGUUGAUAAACUUGCUAAUAACAAUAAUGGGUCAUUAGCUAAUAGAGGUAAGAAUUUACUCGAAGGAUUAAACUUGGCUAGAAUUUGGCCUGAAAUGAAAGCAGCUGAAGAAAUGUCACCGAGACAUUUGAACCGUCUCCAACGCUUGUUAUCCAUGACGGAGCAGUAUUCUCCGAGAAAUCAUCUCGGCUCCCGGUGGCGGGAGUAUCAUGGAAGUAAUAAUUGGGAAGGGCUUCUCGAUCCUCUUGAUGAGAAUCUCCGGCGAGAGGUUGUGAGAUAUGGGGAGUAUGUACAAGCAGCUUACCAUUCUUUCAAUUCCAACCCUGCCAUGUCAACUCAGGAACCUCCCUUGCCUCGGCAUGUGGCGUUGCCUGACAGGUCAUAUAAGGUAACAAAAAGCCUUUACGCCACCACCUCCGUAGGACUGCCUAAGUGGGUCGAUGAUGUAGCGUCGGAUCUCGGGUGGAUGACCCAAAGGUCUAGUUGGGUCGGGUAUGUAGCGGUCUGUGAUGAUAAAAGGGAAAUCCAACGAAUGGGAAGGAGAGAUAUCGUUAUCGCGUUACGUGGGACUGCCACUUGUCUGGAGUGGGCUGAGAAUAUGAGAGCCCAUUUAGUUGGCAUGCCCGGAGACCAUGAGCAGACUCAGGGGCAACCAAAGGUGGAAUGUGGGUUUUUAAGCUUGUAUAAAACUAGAGGAGCGCAUGUGGCAAGCCUGGCAGAAUCAGCAGUAGAAGAGAUCAAAAGAUUAAUGGAAGUGUACAAAGGGGAGGCACUAAGCAUUACAAUAACAGGGCACAGUUUAGGUGCAGCACUAGCGCUGUUAGUAGGAGAUGAUUUAAGCACAAUAGCCUCUGAGAUGCCACCAAUUGCAGUUUUUUCGUUUGGUGGGCCUAAAGUUGGAAACAGAGGCUUCGCAAACCAAAUCAAUGCCAAAAACGUGAAAGUAUUAAGGAUUGUGAACAGUCAAGAUGUUAUCACAAGAGUCCCAUGUCUGCCUGUGGUGGAAGAUCUUCACGAAGACAUGCCAUUGGCCUACUCGCAUGUGGGGGUGGAGCUACGCAUCGACUCCAAGAUGUCUCCAUAUCUGAAGCCGAACGCUGACGUGGCAUGCUGCCAUGACCUGGAGGCGUAUCUUCAUUUGGUGGAUGGGUUCAUGGCCUCAAAUUGCCCAUUUAGAGCAAAUGCGAAGAGAAGUUUAGUGAAGUUGGUAAACGAUCAAAGAUCUAAUGUAAAGAAAUUGUAUACAAGUAAGGCUCAUGCCUUGAGUUUGAAUCUUGAAAGGCAGGGAUUCUCCACUUCUGGUUGCCUGCCUAGUCCCUCUCAAUAAAAUUUCUUUCUUUCCAAACAAA